AUGCCUUGCCUUGGUCGGCCGCCCGUGAUGGCUGCUCGUGGCGAGGCUAGAGGGGCUCUGGCUGUGGCCGAUGGCGCUGCGCUCGUCGCAGCUGCCGUCCGUGCUGCGGUCGACGCUGGCGCGCCGAGGCGCAUUGCGGGCGCGGUGACGCGCUCGGCCAUCUCCGCCGUGGCUUUCGCCGGGGCGUCGAGGGUGGCCGAGCCCACUGCUGCUGGUGGUGCCGCGGCGGGUGGCGACAAGAACGUGGAGCGGCGCCGUCGGCGACGCGCUGCGUUGAAGGCGAGGCGGCAGGAGGGCGGGCGCGGCGCGGCCGCUGCGGAGCCCCCUGCAGGACGUGGAGCUGGACAUGUGGGUGGAGGCGGGCGGGCGGGGGAGGUGCCUGCGGCGGUGCGCGCCGCGGCGGCGCCCUCGGAGCUCGCGGACGCCCUCAUGAUCGACGACACGGCCAGCCUCGGCGACGGGUGGGCCGACGCCCCCAUGCCCCGUGCGCGGCGGCGGAGGCGGCGCAGGGCCUCUCGCGGGGCGGACUCGGCGGAGGCGGAGCCGGGCGUGGCGACCGCGGGUGCGGCGCCUGCGGCUGGCGGAGCUGGCGCAGCUCGGGACGCUGGCUUGCGCGCCUUGGAGCGCGGCGAGGCGGCGGCGGCGGCGGAGGCCGAGGCGGAGAAGCUCCUCCGCAGGCUCGGCGCCGCCCUCGAGGCGCUGGGGCGCCCCUUCGCUCGGGACGUCCUCCCGAGCGACCCCGCGGAGCUCCGCAGCGCGCUCGCCCUGGUGGAGCCCUGCGCGGCGCCCCUCUCGGGCGGCGGCUUUGGGCCGAUCGCAGGCCUGCGGAGCGGCGCGGAGCGGCAGCGGGCUGCCCCUCCCCAGGGCGGCGGCGGCCACGCCUGUGGCGAUGGCCCGCGGCCCUCCCGGCUCCUCGUCGGUUUCGCGUUCGAGGCCGUGCGCGGGCUGGGCCUGGCCCUGUGCCAGGAGCUGGACGAGCGUGCUGCGCGCUCUUAG